GCAAAGCAAGUAGGAACUCAACAAAUACCUGAGGUGAAGAAGAAAGAAAAGGAGUACAUCAAAUUAAAGAGGGGUGACGACGUGGAACUUGGAAUGGCAAGAAAACUGAUAACGAUUUCUAUAAAAGGAUAGUAUGUUAAAACCUCUAUUUUAAAUGUUUGUGCAUGAGCAUGAUUGUUAGUGGUUAAAUGAACAUAUUCUCAUAAUUGUCUCAUGGUUAGGUGGAUUGCUUAUGAAGUUAAAAAUCAAGAAUUGACGUCAGAGAAUGCUUAUUUAAAGACAUUGACCAGUAAAUGCAGGCCACUUCAAAACCAAUCGCAUCGAAGAAAAAUGGAGGGAAACCGAGGAAGCUUGGAGAGAAUUGAAGUAAUGAGAAAAAUCACAGAGCUAACGAGAUCUAUGAUCGUCGAACUGAGCAAUGGAAGCUCCAGGAUGAUCGCCAUCGAUCGAUUCAAAAGUUACUGCUCCAAUUCCCUUGAAAACUGUUGUUGUAGGUUCAAUUUAUCUGAAGGGAAGGAUGUUCUAACACUUCAAAGGGAAAGCCACGUCCGUAGACUAGAUGUCUUGCUUAGAGUUCUACUCAUAAUUCAGCAGCUUCUGGGAGAAAAUAGACAUAGCUCAAAGAGAGAUAUAUAUUAUAUGCAUCCCUCUAUAUUUACAGAUCAGUCAGUUGUUGACCGGGCAAUCAACGACAUCUGCAUUCUUUUGCAAUGUAGCCGGCAUAAUCUGAAUGUGGUUUCUGUUGGUAAUGGGUUGGUGAUGGGUUGGUUGAGAUUCUCAGAAGCUGGCAGAAGAUUUGAUUGCUUGAAGAAGCCUAACAGUGCCCACUUUAUUCCUGUUCAAGUUGAAGAAGUUAUAGAUAUUACUAGUGCUGCAGAUUACAUACUCGUUGUAGAGAAAGAAUCAGUUUUUCAGCGUUUAGCAAAUGACCGGUUCUGCAGCAGAAACCGGUGCAUUGUAAUCACGGGACGUGGAUAUCCAGAUGUUCCCAGUAGAAGGUUUUUGCGGCUUCUCGUUGAUGUUUUGGCAUUGCCUGCAUUUUGUUUGGUAGAUUGUGAUCCAUACGGUUUUGACAUUCUGACGACAUAUCGUUUCGGUUCUAUGCAAAUGGCCUACGAUGCAAAGUAUCUCAAAAUCCCACAACUACGAUGGCUUGGAGCUUUUGCUUCAGAUUUUGAGAAAUACAAUCUGCCAGAACAAUGUCUCAUCCCAUUGACUUUCAAGGGUGCGGGAUCUCUCAUGCAGGCACACCGCGCACACACACGCACACACACGCACACUGCAUUUUCAAAUGUUAUUUUCUGUAUUUCUGAUAUGUUGAAGGUCAUGUUUAACCUGUCAGACAAGAGUAGAACUGAAGCCUUGUUACAAAGAUGCUACUUGCGUAGAGAGGUACAACAUUGGAGGUGAGAGUGGUCAUGCUGCUGCCAUCUAUCCAGUUGGUCCGGCAUGGUGAGGUGAGGAAUAAAAUAAGUGAAUUGUUUGAGCCGUUACCAAAUCGUUUUCAACCGUUGGUAGAAGUGCACAUAAGUCAAGUUGGGCUGGGUUGGAGAAAAAUUGUAGACCAAUCCAAAGUAUCCAGGUUGUCAUAAAAUGAACCCUAUCGAUUUAAUAUGCAAGGAUCAAUCCAAUCCAAUCCAAUCCAACCCAACCCGACUCAAGAAAUCUGGGUUGGGUUGGCGAGAAUUUUUUUUUUAAUCUCUCCGUAAUGUAAACUAAUUUUCAUUUUUAAAAGUCGAUGAAGAUUUCAAAGUUCAAAGUUCA